AUAAAUGACAACAAAAGUAGUUGAUAGUUUCGCAAAAUAUUUAACGUAAACACAAGUUUAUAUUUCUCUUUACACCGUUGUCUAUUGUAUUUUUCAACUGUGAAGAUAUUAAGAAUAUGAAGAGAAGGAAUGGCGAGUGCCCUAAACUACGAAGGCCAGUAAAACGAAGCAAAAUAACAGAUGGUAUAUAUGGGAGUACCAUUGUGUACUUGAAGUUUUUCAUGUUAUGGGCACUUGUUCUUCUCGCAGACUUUCUUCUUGAGUUUCGUUUUGAAUUCCUAUGGCCAUUCUGGCUAUUACUUCGUAGUGUCUACGAUUCCUAUAAAUAUCAAGGAUUGGCAUUUUCAGUUUUCUUUGUAUCUAUAGCUCUUACUUCAGAUAUGAUCUGUUAUUUCUUUAUCCCAGUCCAGUGGUUGUUUUUCGCAGCCAGUACAUACGUAUGGGUUCAGUAUGUUUGGCACACAGAAAAAGGAAUCUGUCUUCCGACAGUAAUGCUGUGGUUACUGUUUGCUUACAUGGAAGCAGCAGUCCGCCUCAAGGAUUUAAGGCACAUGCCGUUCCAUCUGGACCUGUGUAGGCCCUUUGCAGCACAUUGCAUUGGGUACCCUGUUGUUACACUAGGUUUCGGAUUCAAAAGCUAUGUCAGCUUUCGGAUACGACAGAGGAAACAAAGGGAAGUGAAAAAAGAGAACCAAUUCUACAUGAAUCUCCUUGCACAGGCCUUACCGAUCGAGUCUGUGCAAUCGUCAAAUCAGCAGCAACCGCCAGACAAAACCAAAGCUGAAACGAGCAACGGCGUGAUUCACCAUUUGAGCUGCAGCAGCACAAGCAACAAGCAGCAGAGAAAGUCUGUUGACAAAUCUGUCACAGAGCCGUAUGCAAACGGUAGUGCGCAUACGGAGAUAGAGUGUACAGAGAAAUUAAAAGAAAGCGAUGAGUUGGAAAUAGAGAAAGAGAAAUGUCCAAGCAAUAAUAAAAAGAAAGGCUCGAGCGGUAGCCAGCGAGAAAACCGCAAAAACCAGAGCAAAAAUCACAGCAAAGCAAGUGAAUCUCCACCGCUUACUGCCGAGCAGCAGCGGGAAGAAUAUUGUCUCAGACUCGAAUGUGAAAUAAAGAGACUGAAAAACGAUCUGUCUUCGAGUAGGCAGAACGAAUGUGAUCUCAGAUCUCAAUUAAACUCGUCGGUUAGCAGCGAGCAGAGGGUUAGAGCGGAGCUGGCAACGCUCCACCACGCUAACCAAGACCUUCAAUCCAAGGUCACAAGCCUGAACUCGCUGCGUUCUUCAGAAAAGGCAAACCUUGAAAAGCGUUUGGCUGAAGAAAGGCGAGGAAGAGCAGCAGCAGAGUCUGCUCUAAAAGCUGCUAAAGCACGAGCAGCAGCGACUCCUGCGCCGCCACCCACACCAACGUGCAGCGAAUCUUGCAGGAUUAAAAGGCGGGAAUUGGAGGCAGAGCUCAAAGCACUGCGCCGAGAAAUGAAAAUGAAAGAAGAGAAAGCUGCACAGGUCGACCGAGAGCUUCAGAGCUUGUUACAAUAUAAAGAAACCCAGGCUGGCUCUGAAGUUUUAAUGGCUGCCGUCACCGCACUCCAGGACAAGAACUCACACCUGGAAACCUCUUUGAGUGCCGAGACCAGAAUAAAAAUGGAUCUCUUCUCGGCCCUCGGGGAGGCUAAACGCCAUGUUGAAAUUAGCAAUAAUAUGAUGAGGGCAAAGGAGAGAGAGAUAGAAGAACUGAAGGGUAAGAUGGCGCAGGUGCUGGCGGUGAUGCCUCCAUCUGAGUUCAGUCCGCUCGGCCUAGGACCGUCAGUGGUCGGAGGCCAGCUUAAGUUACGUGGAAUCCUUCCAGAAUCUACGCUUGACCCGAAUGCUUCUGUUUACACACCAAAACAAGGGCACUUGACAACAGAAGCAUAACUUUAUUAAUUACUUAGAAGGUGGGAGAAGUACUGUCAUGAAACUCUACGUUACAAGUUUUGUUUUGAUUCAGCCCCUUCGUUCUACCCCUCCGAGUCGAGUUGAUAAUUUGUUUUGUUACGCAAUUAAUAUUGCCUGCCAAUGGUUCAGCGACAUUUGUUAUGUACUUUUUUUUUUUUAAUUCCCCACAAUUUUUCUUCUACUUUUUUUUUUUAGUAUCGGGGACGACACACAUGUAAAAAAUGAGUGAGAUAAAUUUUGUUUUUGUCUUUAAAUUUUUUUUUGUUUCUAUGAUAGGAAUACUUAGUGUUUUGUUUGUUUUUUCUGGCACGCUGCAUUAUGUUUUUUGGAGGGUAUAUUUUUGAGAACGAGCAGACUCGAUACCUUUGAUGCCUUCCUCGUGUGUGCCAUCGCCAUCUAACGCGUCUAGUCAUAUCGCUGCCUCUCUUCUCCUAAACUAUUAGUGAAAAGUUGGGGCCUAUUAUUUUUUUAUAUGUUAACUUAUGUAUUAUUGUUAAGAUUACUUGCUUCCCAAUAUUAUUAUUUUGUUUUUGUUUUUUUUUCCAUUUGAGGCUGCACUGCUCAGUUUUGAAAACCUCCUCCUGAAUGUUUUCAAAAUGAGUUCCUUGUCCAGCUACUCAAUGCUUCUCAUUGUUAUUUAAUAAGUGUAACUUUAAAAUAAAAUGUAGAAGAAAAAAAAACCUUAGGAAAUCGAAAGUUCCAUUUGUAAAGAAAGAUCUCAUAAUUAAUUAAGAUUCUUAUGUAAAAGUGAUUUGCACUUGAUUGUGCUUUUUGUAUGUAUAUAUUAUACAUAACAAAAUAUCUUUAGGUUAUUACGUUUAUAGAAAAAAAAAAAAGUCUCUUUAAUUUUUUUUUUAAUUAUUUCUUUUUGACAGACAAUGAUUUUAGUUUGUUUUGAAAACUCCAUAAAUUCUUCCAAGUCAAGAUUUGUGAUUAUUAAAACUGCAUAAUUCCUCUCUUUUAUUUCUUAAAGACUGAUUUAUGUAAAAUGUUUGAAAAUAUUAUUUUUUUAUACCGAGAGGAAAUUCCGAUGAAUAUUUUAUGGGGGAAAAGAACAAAAAAAAAAAACAAACAAAAAACCAAAAAAAAAACCUUAGUUUGAGAGAAUUUCUCGUGUAGAAUUGCUUGUUAAUAUUUUUAUGACGAUGUCAAUUUAAGCUUUAAAUACAGUUUUGAUUGUUUCGUAUAGCUUUACCUGACUUAAUUAUUUUAGUAUAGUCAAAGUGCUGGUCAAGGAACUACAAAUGGAACUUUUUUUCUUUCCACAAAUGUAUUGUUAAUUUAUCUUAUGAAAAAAAAAAAGGAGAAUAUUUCUGUUAAUUAAGAAUAAAAAACUUUUUUGUUGUUAAAAAAAAAUAAGAAAGAGAAAUCAUUCAACCUGUAUUAUUUAAGAAAAAUGUCAUUCAGUUUUCUUUGCCUAUGUACAAGAUUUAAAAAUUAUUUUUUUAUUUUUUUAAAAACAGUUUUGACAUGUUUUCAUGUUUGAGUGUUCAGCUUAAGUUAAAUACCACGAUUUGAAAAAAAAAAAUUAAUCAUAAAAUUAAAAAAAGUGUCUUGAAAAGGAAUGACAGAAAGAAUGGAACUAGAAACUUUAAGAGUACAAAAAACUAUAUAUAAAUAUCUUAUUAUUAUUAUUAUUAAAGUAUGAUGAACAAUUUAAAAAAAAAAAAAAAAAAAGCUUACAUGUGUGACACUAACUUCUUAAUACUCCUGCGCGCGUAGAUCCGUCGUGCACAAAAUAACAAAAAAAUAAAAACAAAAACACAUUUAAGCAUUAAACUCCUUUUUUUUCUUUUUUUUAUGUUAUUGUGAUAUAAUGUAUGUUCUUGUAGCGUGUAAAUAAUGUUACAUUAAAUAUGGAACAAGUAAGUGGAACUCUUUUAUAAGAGAAAUUACUUUAUCAAGAAUAUUAACGUACCUUUAUCCCUUGUCUUGAAUUUGCGGCCCCAAGUCCUUACAUUUUAUAAAAAUGAACAAUUAAGGCAAUUUAAAAACAAAAAAUAAAAAAGCACAAAGGUACCUAAAAAUUCAGAACUGAUAAUUUAUAUAAUUUUUUUUCUUUUAUUAAUUCUAGUUGUUCAUUUACUUCUUCCAUUCACGCAGAUGUGAUACUCAGUACUUACUUUAAUUUAAAUGUAUAUUAUCUUUUAUUUAGAAAAAAUUACAAACAAAGAAGUUUUCAGUUAUUUAAUAUGUUUGACUUCAGCUGCCUGUUAUACUUAUGGGGGAGUAAGAUUUUUCGCUUAGUUUGCAAAAAAUAAAAAUCAAUAUGGCAAUCAUUUCUAUUGGCCUCACUUAGUUUUUCAUGAGCGUAAUGUUACUUUUAAGUUGUUAAAGAAAUAAAUUUACAAAAGAUGUUUACUAAUUUUUUUUUUCUUUGUAAUAAUCAUUACUAACUUCCUUUUUAGAAAGAAAAUAAAAAAAUGCAGAUAAUGAUGGUUUGUAAAACCUCUGUGAUUUGACUAUCAAGACAGAUGUGUACUAUACCUGUUAUUUAAUAAAUAUCUGAUACCGCCA